AUGAGCAGCUCCAGAAGCGUAAAUGCAAUCUUCGACGCGUUCUUGAUGGACGGAAACGACGACCCGUCAGAAGAACGAAAGACGACUGGACUUCACAAGUUCAAAAUCAAGGGCGACCCUUCAAAGCAUGACGACUGGGGAUAUCAUCGGUUCGUGGCCAGAACGGUCCUCGAGGAAAACUAUGUUGUUGACGGGCACAUCACGUUUGUAUGCACCAUCAUCGUCAUGCGUGAUACCCCUGUCACCGUGCCGCCUUCCGACAUCGGAAACCAACUCGGCUGCUUGCUGGAUCAGCCACAUGGGACGGACGUGUCGUUUACCGUUGACGGCGAGACAUUCCCGGCGAACCGAGCCAUUCUUGCAGCCCGCUCGCCCGUCUUCAAGGCAGAGCUUUUUGGGUCCAUGGCCGAAGCUACAAUGUCAUCCAUCACACUGCACGAUAUCACGCCUUCAACAUUCAAACGUAUGCUUCAGUUCAUAUACACGGAUGAGUUUCCCACUAGUACGCAGGAUAACCCCUCCAAUGAGAUAUUGUUUGAUUUACUUGCCGCUGCAGAUCGGUACGCGCUAGACCGGCUAAAACUUAUGUGUGUCCAAAAGUUAUGGGAUAAUGUGUCGAUGGAUACAGUUACAGAUAUUCAAAUUUGCGCUGAGAUGUACAAUUGCCCUGAGUUGAAGGACAAGUGCAUUGACUUUAUUGUUAAAAAGAAAGGAUCCAAGAAGCAGCUGGAGGACUCUUCAUCGGUCUAG